AGAGAAGAGUAUGGGCUUAGCGUUUGUUAAAGAUCUUUUAGCAAUUGGUGUUCAGGUUUUAUCUCCAAAACCAUAAUUCGAGGCCGUAUUCUUCACAAUAUUCAUUUUGAUUGCAUAGAAAAUUGCCAUAUUUGAUGUAAUCGACCCGAGUGCUGCCAUCGAUGCGAUUGAAACAUCAUUUCCAAAAGCAACCGCUUUAUUCCAUCGAGUCGAUGUUCGUAAUAGAUCAGAAAUCGAAACGGCAUUCAAACAAGUAGUCAAUGUAUUUGGAUACGUUGAUGUUUUGGUGAAUUUUGUUGACAUUAUCAAUGAGCCAAAGAUCGAAGAUGUGCUCCAUAUAAAUCUCUUCGGCACUAUUUACACAACCAUGACCGCAAUUGGUUGAUUGCAAUUCUCUCUCAAUAGCUGGUAAAUCAGUGUCGAAUGAUACACUACAAAAUUCUUUACUGUUACUGUAACAAUAAAUGAGCUAGACAAUUCAUACUGACUGCACUAUCGUUCGUUCAUUCUUUUUACACGUAUCGUUCCAAUACCGACAUCAUUUCCACUGAUUAUAUUUCGAUUAUGUUGUUUACUUCUUCGAAAAAACACUGUGAUUUUGAUAAGGCGGUAAAAAUGGUUGGUUCCUUAAGCAGCGCGUUUAAUGAGAUUUAAAUGUUUUUGAAUCAGCCUCGACUCGAAGUGUGAUAAGAUUUCUUGUGUCACAAACAACAAACUGAACUUAGUCAAAUAAACGCAAUACGCACGGCGUCGAAAAAAGAAUAAAAGGAAAUAGUCAUGUGGCUUGAUAUUUUGCCAUUGUUGUCGUUGUUGAGUAAACACUUUUCAAACGAUGGUAACGUGGCUACAUCGAAUGGGGAUGUUAAUAAAAUCGAAGCAAAUAAUUUAAAAUUGAUCAAAGUGCAAAAUGUGAGUGAACUUCUGAAAACACCCGCGUGUAAUUUUCGAGAAACUAAAACUGAACUAGCCGCAUUCCCAUUGGCAUGUCAAACACUCUUGAUGACUUUGGACUUGGAAGGUUUGCUCGAGUUAGCUGAACAGAUGAACAACACACUUUCUCUUCUGGCGUCGGAUGUUUUUAAUCAAAAAUACGCAAACUACACCGUAAAAAUCGACCAUAAUGGUGAUAGAAAAACCGAUCUCAUUCUUAUGAACAACGAAACGAUUUUAAUGCUCGGAUUGAACACUACGAGGAAAAUACUAAAACACUUUGGUCGUGCCAUUCAAAAGCUAACGAUUCAAACUCAGCGCUUUUCGGUUCCUGAACAGGAGAUCAUAUUGGGGUUUGUUGAUGAAUACUGUAAACUGUCGUUGAAUAAAUUGAGCUUGGAGAUAACGAAUGGUGAUACAUUGAAAAAAUUGACCAGUCCCUUUGAAAAGGUUGAAGAUUUUACAUGCAAUGUCAUUGAUGUCACAGAGGUUGCGAUUCGCAAUCAUAAUUCAUUGAACAGUAUCUUUCCAAACAUAAGAAAUUUAACGUUAAUUAUACAGUCCGAUAGAAACACUGAUUUUGUGGGCGUUUUGCCGAAUUUGGAAAAUUUAAACUUGAUCGGCGAUGUGAUAGAACUGGAUAACAACCGAAAAAAUACAAAAUAUUUGUAUACCGAAAGAUUAUUUCAAAAAAAUCACAACAUUACAAGUUUAAAGUUGGUUUUUUAUCCACCGGACUAUUUGAACGUUGUGCGAAUUUAUUUAUGGAAUAUUGAAAGUUUGGCGAUUUGGCAUUUUGAUUUGAGUACGCACAUUUACUUUACAUCUGUGAAAAAGCUUGAAUUCUUAUCACCGCCUAUUGGUUCGCCGAAAAAAAUGUCCUUUUCAAAUUUACAGGAAGUGAGAUUGAAGUAUAAUGCCAAACACGAACGAGAAUGGAUCGAUUUCUUUACAAACAAUCGGCAUUUAAAGCGUGUUUACAUCGAAGAUGAUGCAGAAAAUGAGAAAUAUUUUUCAUUGGAAAGUCUUGGGUCACAGCUGAUGGAGGUUGAAGAAUUGUCCAUUUUGAGUAACAACAACAUUCCAUUUAGCGAAAUCGUGAAGUUUGUUGAAAUUAAUUGGUUUUACAAACUGCAGAGAUUCACGUACGGAUCGAAGAAUUUCAAUGAAAAUGAUGGAGAAUAUUUAAAAAAAGAAUUGGAAAAUAAAUGGAACAUUACCGAAUUUAAUGAUCAUUUUGAUGGAUUUUUAUUUGAAAGAAUAAAAAUUGAAGAAUUAAGUUGAACACGACUAAUGAAAAUAAAGUGGCGUUUUGAUAAAUUUUGAA